AUGAAGCUGUCCAACGCCCUCACUAGCGGCGCUCUGGUUGCACAGGUGGUCGCCGCCGCCACCUCCGGCGACUUGACAAUUCUUUCGAUGAACGUAGCCGGCCUGCCUGCGAUCCUCAACCCCAACGGCGUUCCGGGAGGCAAGGAGGCCAGCGCAAAAAAGAUCGGAAGCAAGUUUGCGCAGUAUGGGUAUGAUGUUAUUCAUGUGCAGGAGGACUUCAACUACCACGCCCAGCUCUACUCCACAGACACCCACCCCUUCCGCACCCCCACCUCAGGCGGCGUCCCCUUCGGCUCCGGCCUCAACACCCUCUCCACUCUCCCCUGGCUUUCAGGAUCCUUCCAGCGUCAAAAAUGGGACAAGUCCUCCUGCGCCUCCGAAUUCGACUGUCUCACUCCCAAGGGAUUCACCUUUAUGCGUGUCGCUUUAUCAGGAACUGAUACCUCUAAUGAAAAAGGAAACUCAGAGGUCUACGUAGAUUUCUAUAAUAUGCACACAGACGCCGGCACGGAAAGCGGGGAUUUAGAAGCGAGGAACGAUAACCUCCGCCAGGUCCGCGAGUGGAUUCAGACUCAUAGUCAAGGGAACGCGGUUUUGGUGUAUGGGGAUACGAAUAGCCGGUAUUCACGGUCGGGAGAUACUGGUAUCCGUUCCUUACUGGCAUCCGAAAACCCUACCGGCACGGGGACGGGGGUAGGGUUGACAGAUACUUGGAUCUUCCUCCACCGCGACGGAGUUUUGCCCAGCGACGCAGGCGCGUGUGGAAACCCAGCUGAGAACGCGACCUGCGAGAUCGUGGAUAAGGUUCUUUACCGGAGCAGUCCGUUGGUUGAGCUCACGCCGACGGGGUUUGAGUACGCUGGUGCCAAGUUUUUGGCUGACGACGGGGUCAGUGUAUUGUCGGAUCAUAACCCCGUUCUGGUGAACCUGACUUGGUCCGCCGGGGACCGGUUCCGGCAGUCGGGGUUUUGGGGGGGCGCGACGUAUGGGAGUUGGUUUAAUGAUGUUUCUAUGCUCGAUUCUACUACGCCCGAGCCUAUCAAAGCCAGGAAGAUUACUUUCCGCGGUGGAAGCCGGCUUGAUAGCGAUUCGCUUACUAUUGGAUACGGCAAUGGCCAGGGAACUAGUUCUACAGAGUUAGUCCACGGAGGCCGUGGAGGGUCGGAGGUGUCGCUGACUCUCGCUGAAGGGGAGUUCUGGAUCAAGUUUGAGCUGUGCCAGGGUGAGAAGAGUGAUAAGAUAUGUAACUUUUAUAUUAAGGCUACUACGUCCAAGGGUAGGACGCUGGAGGCGGGUACGAGGACGAGCGAGUGCAAGGUGUUUGAGGCGGAGGAGGGGUGUGGGGAUGAGGUUGAUUUGCUUGGUUUCCUCUAUGGGAAGAUGUAG